AUGCCGUUUGUUGCAAAAACCGGACAAAACCGGUGGCAGAAAAAGGUUGCAGCCUUCCAUCUUCCUGCACGCCUGGAGAAUCUUCUCGGGCGCAUCCCACACCAGAGAGAGCUAUACUGGGGCACAGAAAAACCAUCAAUGGCACAGCAGCCCACAAAUAUGGGGAGACACUCCCAGAAACCCACAACAGGUAUGCAAACCAAAUCCCAAGACAUAGGGGCCCUUUUACAACGACAGGCCCAGCCCAAAAUGGCAGCCCCAGAGAAUCAGGAGCUCCUGGCCGACCCCCAGGCCCAAGCACUUAACAACCCACCAGCACACACCCCACCACAAGCGGCAAGGGCACCAAUUACAGGCCUCCCUGACUUAUCAGCCCUGGCCAGCAAGCAGGACAUUAAAAACUACCUGACUGAAUUCCGUCAGAUGCUAGCCACAGACAUAGCAGUCAUUCAGGCUGACCUACAGAUGGUCACUGACAGAGUGAGAGCAAGCGAAGAAGACAUCAUAGAAAUAAGGCAAGAAGUACCCACAAUGAAAGACUCUAUUCAAGCCAUCCAAAAGACGCAACAAACCUUUUCUGCACACCUUGCUACGCUAGAGAACCGCUCCAGGCGUAACAACCUGAAGAUAAGAGGGGUUCCGUAGUCUGUCACCAUGGCAGAGAUACCCCACUACCUGAGGCACCUAACGGCCUCACAACUAUCGCCUCCACAAGCCAAAAAGCUCACCUUUGAUGGCAUAUUCCGCCUGCCAAAAUCGCCAAAAGCCCCAACAAACUCAGUGAGUGCUGCACUACGAAACCGAACUCCCUACACAUUCGAGGGAGCUAAUCUAUCUUUCUACCAGGACAUGUCAAGGCCCACCUUACAAUGGCGCAAAUCUCUACUCCAGGCCACAAGCCAGUUGUGGACGAGCUCUCACAGUGAGCCACAACGGUACUAUCUACAGGAUCACCUCGGCCGAAGAGGUACCCACAUUACUGCGAGCACUGGGACUGACAGCCCCCUACGAGGAGCCAAGAGACCAGAGGACAACACCGACCUGGGACCCAGCCACAGUAGUCGCCUUUACCCCACAGACCCACUCGGCCACAGGCAUUGUGACACGACUGGGUCCUAACUCCAAAGAGCAGCAGACAGAUACAAACUGCACUCAUCCUGCAAACCAUUAUUCUUGUUUUGAUAAUUUGUUAUGUUCUAUGUUGUUCCCAAGGCUGGACAGGAUUACCAACCCCUGUGCACACCUCCCCCCCCCCAGGUGACAGGAGGGUAGGAAUAGGGCCAUGUGCCCACCACAACCCCCUCCCCCCGCAGGCCCCUUGGUUAGGGGCACUACAAACCAAACUGACCCUCCCAUUUGCCACCGCAACACCGCUACUAUCUAAGCCCCAAAACCACCAAAGCCACCCACGACAAGAGGCACCCACAGACUGCCACACCCACAGACCUUUGCAUACUCAUAACCACACAACGACCGACUGA